AAAAUAAUAAACAUUAUACAGAUGUCAAAUAAAUCAAACUGUAAUUAAACUACACUCUUAAAAAUGCUGGGUUAUUUUGCUAACCCAACUGCUGGGUUAAGGCUGAUUUUUAAGCAGUUGGGUCAAUUUAAUACAACAUUGGGUCAAACAUUUUGACCCAGCAUGUUGGGUUAAAAGGGGCGGUAAAAAGAAAGAUCCUCCCCCUCGUCUGUGCCAGCUUCACCAUUUUAAAGUGGAGGAUGACAAGGACUUGCCUCAUUUCCAUGGACCUUCACACCAGCAAUGUUUAAAAAUAAGAUGGAUGAAUUUGUGAAGGACAAACUUCUGGAAUGGAACCUCUCUGAAUACAUCCCUGCUUUUGAAGCUGAAAAGAUUGACAAAGACAGCCUUUUCCUCUUGGAUGCGAACAGCUUGACGACUUUGAUACCUCUCCUGGGUCCACGCCUGAAAAUUCAGAAUAAUUUAAAAAGAUUACUUGAGGUAUGACCAGUGUCAGAGGUCAAAACAGAAUGGGGUACGUGUGCUUUAAAUGUCAUAGGUCUUUAGGUCAUAACAUAAGAGCUUUUUUUAACCAUCUCAGAGUGGUGCAUCAUAUACUUUCUACUUCGACUUAUUUCCAGUGUGCUCAAGUUGGGUGCCAUCGCACUUUUGAUCAAAUAAGAUCAUUCAGACGACACAUAAUUGGGCAUGCUAUUGAGUUUGACAUUGAAACAGAAGAAAGUAGCACAGGUGAACUUCCUGACAGUUCAGUAGAUCCUCAUUUAAGUGUGCUAAAUGAGGUGGAAUGCUGUGAGACUACAGCAGAACAUUGGGAUGAGCUAGAGGAAGACAACAUAAAGGACAGAGUUGCACUCUUCUUAGCUAGGUUAAAGGCAACAUCCUCUCAGACAUUCAGUGGGAUUAGAGAUGUAGUUGAAAACACAUCAGGUCUUAUCAGAGAUGUAGUUGGUUGCUUAAAGAGAAAAACACUCUCUUUUUUAAGAGAGAUCGGUCACUCUGAGACUCCACAAGCAGAGGACCUCAUGGAGCAGUUCACCAAAGCAGCUGAACCAUUUCAAGGAUUUGAAUCAGAGUACAAGCAAAUGAAAUAUUUUACUCAGUCUGGGUUCUUCAUACAGCCAGAGGCAGUACCACUCCCUGGCUUUUCCUUUACACAAGAAAUUGAUCGAGAGUCAGGAAAUGUGAAACAAGUUGCAGUUCGGGACACUUUCCAGUAUGUUCCCUUGAAACCCAUGUUGAAGCUUGUUCUGGAAAGUCCAGGAACAAUAGAUAAGAUCUUUGAAUGGCAAAAUCUUGAAAAUGCUGCCUUAGAGGAUUUCAGAGAUGGCACAAUAUUUGAAACUAAUCCACUUUUCUCUAAAGAUUUCUCUAUUCCAUUGGUUCUUUACAGUGAUGAGUGUGAGAUGGUGAAUCCACUUGGCGCAAAAACAUCAGUCCACAAACUUGGUUUUAUCUAUUUCACAAUGAAAUGCUUGCCACAGGAAUACAUGUCUAGUUUAAAGUCUCACUUCUUGUUGGCAGUGUACAAAGCUGAUGAUGUAAAAACAUAUGGAAUGAACACAAUUUUAGAGCCAAUUGUGAAUGACAUUAAAGACAUGGAACUGAAUGGCUUUCAUGUUGAAACCACACGUUUUUCAGGCAUUGUUAAGGCUGGAGUGGCACAGGUCUGUGGUGAUAACCUUGGACUUAAUGGAAUACUUGGUUACACAGAAAGCUUUGCAGGCAAUAGCGUGUGUCGGUGGUGUCGAGUUCACAAGGAAGUGUUGAGGGUACAGACAGUUGAAGCUCCUUCAUCAAUACGUGACAAGGUUAACUACCACUCAGACUUGCUUCUACACAAACCAGCUGAAACUGGCAUCAAGAGAGAGUGCUCUCUUAACAAGUUGCAGUUCUACCAUGUGACUGACAAUGUUGCUCCUGAUGUCAUGCAUGAUAUCCUCGAAGGGAUUGGUGGUUAUGAAAUUAAGCUUGUGCUCAAUGCAUUGAUUGAACAAAAAAUUGUCACUCUUGAUCAGCUGAACUACAGGUUGACAAGCUUUGACUAUGGAUUUUGUGAUGUCCACAACAAGCCAUCAACCAUCAAACCUCAGGACUUGAAAAAUCCUGAUACUGGACUUAGGCAAUCUGCUUCACAAACAUGGUGUCUGCUAAGACUGCUUCCCCUCAUGAUAGGGGAUUUGAUUCCAGAGGACAACAAAUAUUGGGAGUUGCUUCUUUUAUUGUUGAGCUGCAUGGAGUUUAUUUUUUCUCCUUCAUUAACAGAAGGAGCAGUAGUCUUUUUGGGGCACAUCAUUGAGAAGCACCAUUGUCUUUAUUUAGAGCUCUUCCCAGACAGACAUCUAAAACCCAAACACCACUUCAUGCUUCACUAUCCCAGAGCCAUACGGAAACUUGGGCCUGUUGUUCACUUCUGGUCAAUGCGCUUUGAGGCAAAACAUGGGUUUUUCAAAAGAGUGAGUCAUGUUACCUGCAACUUUCGAAAUAUCUGUAAAACCCAAGCCUACAGACAUCAAAUAAUGAUGUGUUACACUCUCCUGUCAGGCCAGAUGUUUUGCCAUGAGUUUGAAGUUGGGCCAGGAUAUACCAAACUCCUUGGUACAAUAGAGGAUUUUGAGAAGGUCAAAUCUGGGUUUGAAGGAGUUGCUGUUAUUACAGACGUUUAUCUGCCUUCUUGGAUUAAGUACAAGGGCACUAGCUACAGGACAGGAAUGACAUUAUUUAUGUCUCAUACAGAUGACUGCGAGCCUCAGUUUGGAACUAUUCAGAGCAUUGUGGUACUUCGUUCGAAUACUAAGCUCAUUUUAAAAAAGUGGGAAACAAUCGGCUUUGAAAGGCAUUUUUUUUGCCUUCAAUGUUUCCCCUACCUCAGCGAUUGAAGCAGUGGACAUUGAUUCCAUUGCUGACUAUCACCCUCUCCAUGCUGUGAAAUCCUACAAGGAGAAUUGCAGUGACCUACAUUUCACUGAGGUACAGGCUAUUUUAAACCCAAAGGGUUUUAAGUACUGUCUUGAGCUUUGACCUGGUACUACCUCAUUUUUGUGACAAAUAAAUGUAAAUACAUUCAAAUCAUUAAAAUAUUUGAUUAAAAUCAAUAUAACUGUGGAGCUGCAUAUCAGCUUUAUCAUCAUCACUUUUGAUUCAAGCCCUAAACAAACGGAGUCUGUUUGUGCACCAGCUGACAAAUUGCAGCACGUGGCUCCUGUCCAGGGUGGAACAUCAUUUUCCACCCUCGGAAUCAAAGGCAUUGCUGGCAUCAUCAGUAGUGGAGCAGUUUCCAUGUCUAAAGGACAGUCUUGGCACAGGCUAUGAUGCGUGGUUCACCCCAGGAAGGAAACAUAGACCUGCAACAGGAUUCCUAGAGG